GACUGCUGGUGGCCAGUGUCGCCGCGUCCAGCUCGGUGCCACGCCCCGGCCGGUGCUGCGGGAGCCCCAGCCAUGCUGUUCUGGCAUACGCAGCCCGAACACUACAACCAGCACAACUCUGGCAGCUACCUGCGUGAUGUGCUGGCUCUGCCCAUCUUCAAGCAGGAGGAACCACAGCUGUCUCCUGAGAAUGGGGCCCACCUGCCACCCCUGCAGUACGUGCUGUGUGCUGCCACCUCCCCAGCUGUGAAGCUACAUGAAGAGACCUUGACAUAUCUCAAUCAAGGUCAGUCAUAUGAAAUCCGACUGCUGGAGAAUCGAAAGCUAGGGGACUUCCAAGAUCUGAACACGAAAUACGUGAAGAGUAUCAUCCGUGUAGUUUUUCAUGACCGCCGGCUGCAGUACAUGGAGCACCAGCAGUUGGAGGGCUGGCGGUGGAGCAGGCCUGGGGACCGCAUCCUGGACAUUGAUAUUCCACUGUCUGUUGGUAUCUUGGACCCCAGGGCUAGCCCAACCCAACUGAAUGCCGUGGAGUUUUUGUGGGAUCCAGCAAAGAGAGCAUCUGCAUUCAUUCAGGUGCACUGUAUCAGCACAGAAUUCACCCCCAGGAAGCAUGGGGGUGAGAAAGGAGUGCCUUUUCGGGUGCAGAUUGACACGUUUAAGCAGAAUGAGAAUGGGGAAUACACGGAGCAUCUCCACUCUGCCAGCUGCCAGAUCAAGGUGUUCAAGCCAAAGGGAGCUGACCGGAAACAGAAAACUGACCGGGAAAAGAUGGAAAAAAGAACAGCUCAGGAGAAGGAGAAGUACCAGCCAUCCUAUGAAACCACCAUCCUCACUGAGUGCUCUCCGUGGCCUGAUGUAGCCUACCAGGUGAACAGUGCUCCAUCCCCAAGCUAUAAUGGCUCUCCCAACAGCUUUGGCCUCGGUGAAGGCAACACCUCACCUACGCACCCAGUGGAGCCCUUACCCCAGGGCAGUGAUCACCUGCUCCCCUCAGCCUCUAUCCAGGACGCACAACAGUGGCUGCACCGCAACCGCUUCUCACAGUUCUGCCGGCUCUUCGCCAGCUUCUCGGGUGCUGACCUGUUGAAAAUGUCUAGAGAUGAUUUGGUCCAGGUUUGUGGCCCUGCAGAUGGGAUUCGACUCUUCAAUGCCAUCAAAGGCAGGAAUGUGAGGCCAAAGAUGACCAUCUAUGUCUGUCAGGAGAUGGAGCAGAACCAACUACCCUUGCCACAGAAGCAGGAUGGCAGUGGGGACAAUAGCCUGUGUGUGUACCACGCCAUCUUCCUGGAAGAGCUGACCACCCUGGAGCUGAUCGAGAAGAUCGCCAACCUGUACAGCAUCCCCCCGCAGCACAUCCACCGGGUUUAUUGGCAGGGCCCCACUGGCAUCCAUGUGGUGGUGAGCAAUGAGAUGGUUCAGAAUUUCCAAGAUGAGUCUUGCUUUAUGCUCAGCACGUUGAAAGCAGAGAGCAAUGACGGCUACCACAUCAUCCUGAAGUGUGGACUCUGAGCAGCUGCGACCUGCACCUGUCCCCACCCCAUGGACCCCUGGCUGUAGAAGUCACACCAUUGUCAGCUGCUGUUUCACCUAAGGAGCUCUGGGUCUCUGCCCAGACCAGGAAAGCUAACGACAGCCGUGGACACCAAGUCUGCCAUGCAGAAAGCCAGUGGCUGCCUUCUCCCUUCUCUUGGCUUUCAGCUUUCUAACAGUUCCUCGUCCUGUUUCCCAGGCAGACAGUGGGGACGUACAUUUCUUGCACCCUGGCCCUGUAGAUGGCAGCUCCUUGGUUGGUCCCUCCCCACUACUUUUAUACCUCCCCUGUUCCGCAUCUCCCUCUUGGGCCACUGGCUUCAUGGCUGGCUCUGCCAACCAGGGACACCUUGUACAGCUCUCCUACCCAAUACCGAUGUCCCUUCCAGGUGACCCUGGUGGUGACCUCUCUCCUGUUCUUGGAUGAAUUACUAGGACUGGGGCUAUUUAUUUCGUGCCUUCCAACUCUUUCUCUGUUGCCUUGUUUCUAAAAUUUUGCUUCAGUCAAACCUAGCAGCCUGUACACGUUUCUGCCUUGACAUGGUAGAUUCCACAGUGCACCUGUGUAACCUCUCAUGGGCACUGUGUUUAGUUCAUUUUCUGUUGCUGUAAUAAAAUACCCUGACAAAGGCAACUAAAUGCAGCCAGGGCUUGUUUGGGCUCUUAGAAUGUUAAAGUCAUAGAUUCCAUACACAAAGGAUACAGAGGGGAGAACAGGAAGUAGUACACUGUUACAAGCCCUCAGUGACCACCCCCAGUGGCAUACGUCCUCAGACAACACCCCCAGCUGGGACCACAUGUUCAAAUACACGAGCCUCAUUCAAACCACACAUUUUGCCCCAUGUGACCUCUCACAGAUGCGAGAGGAGAUAGCACAGAACUUGCUCACCAGCAAAGCAGAAUGAAAACAAAUGAUUCCUCUUGGGCUGCUCCAGUGCAGAAUGCCCACCGAAGAGGUGUGGAUUGCAUUGAAUCCAGUGACCUUGACCAUCAGUUUAGAACUCUGGCUUGGAGCAUGGCUCAGUAGACCCCUUGCCUAACAAGUAUGUAAUAAUGGGUACCAUCCCAGUACUGCAGCAGGAGGAGUUUGUGGAAUUUUUUUUUUUUUAAUUUUCAAGACAGGGUUUCUCUGUAACAGUCCUAGUGGAAACUAGCUCUUGUAGACCAGGCUGGCCUUGAACGCCUGCCUCUGCCUCCCAGUACAGAGAUUAAAGGCUUGAGCCACCACUGCCUUGACAGCCUUGGUUGGUCAGAUCUCCUAGGGGAGGUGUCUUCUCUGCAUUGUUCUAACUUAAGAGUGUCUUUUCCCAAUUGUAGGUGUCUAGGGUAUUUAGGGUACUGUUUUGUUGCUAUGCUUUAGUCACCUUUUUAAAAAAUUAUUGAUUUUUAUUGAGCUCUACAUUUUUUCUUUGCUUCUCUCCCUUCCUCUCCCCUCUUCUUCUACCCUCUCUCAUGGUCUCCAUGCUCCCAGU